AUGGGCGACGGGCGCUGGAUGUGCCUGACGCCGGAUAUGGAGAUCACGCAGCACAACUUGAAUGAGCUGCGCCACUAUGUCCUCGAUCGGAAUGCGCAGUUUCCUCGGUGGGUGCUGGCUGGUCUCUACGCCUUCGACCCUAUCGACCCUGGGGAGCUGCUUGAACUGAAGCGUCAGGCUCGGCAGCGCGCGGCGCUGCUCGGGGCUGGCGACCCUGAGGAUGAGGCGGAUCUGGCCUGGGUGAUUGCCGAGCCGCAGGACGCGAGGUUCGGCGAGGUGGUGCCCGAGGAUGUGGUGGAGAACCCGAAUCGGUGCGCCCACCUGCGCAGGAAGGGCAUUGUGAUGCUGGGCGGCCAGGAGCGGAUGAUCGAGCUGAUCAGCCGCGACGAGAGGGGCGUCUGGAUGAAGGAGCGGAAGGAGAGCUGCGUCGACAUCCGCCUGAACGGCGACCAGCGGACGAAGAUCGGCCGCAGGGACGUGGACUUCCGUGACGCCGUGGAGCAGAUGGAGCAAGUGGAGCUCGCCGACUACACCGACCUCGGGCCGCGCGCGAUGGGCGAGUUCAUUACGUCGGUGGCCGUCGGCAGUGGGAACCUCACCAGCUACCAGGCGGAGUGGGAGCGGAUGAGUGGCGUCUUCUCCGGGGGUGCUCAGUGCCACGAACACCGCUCGCUCCUGGAGAUCGCCCGCCGCGCGAUCUGUAUGGACCAGCUCAACGUGAAGAACCUCCACUGCAUGGAGGCGCUGGUCACGCGGGUCAUUCAAAUCGAGAUGGCAGUACAGCGUAACCCGCGGCAUCCAGACUUCUCUGGUCUCGAGGAUGCCGUUGGCGGGCCCACAGGUGCGACGGACUCCGCCGCCGUCCCGAGGUACACGGAGUUCGCGGUGGCCCGCCAGAAGGACCGCGCCAACAUCUUGAAGCAGAUGAGGCUGCACAAGGAGGAGCUGGAUCGGGAACGCCCUUCGGACGACGGGGGGAAGCGCAACCGGAAGGACAAGGAGAAGGACAAGGGCAAGAAGAAGAAGGGUGCAGUGCAGCGCAGCGUGCUGGAGUCAGUCCAGGAGCGGAUCGACUUCUAUGGGAACCCCUCGAGCGAAGCGGUGGAUGGCGAGAGGUCCCUUCGGGAGAUCCUCAGAUCCACUGACCAGUACGAACUGGAGCCGCAGCAUUUGGCGAGCUACGACGUCACGCGCCUCAGGGUGUGCAAGGGGGACAUCAACCCGGCUCCCGUGACGGAUUUGCUACCCGCCGAGGCUGCAUGUUUUUUGAGACACUUCCAGAGCCAGAUCGAGCUCUCAGAACCCGAGAUCGCCGAGCGUGUCCGAGAGGCUGGAGGGAUGCCCGAGCCGUACUGGGAUCCUCGGCUUCGCGGUGAUGCUGAGCUUCGACGUGACUUUUUUUGCCGACUUGCUAGGAUCGGCAUCGCGGGUUUCAGGCGGGCCAUCAAGUCCCGCUGCGACGCGUUCUUCGCGCGCAAGAAGGACGGCGACAUCAGGUUCAUUUGCGACGCGAGGGCGACGAACAUGCGCCAUCGUCUCCCUCCUCGGACGGUCUUGGGAGGUGCAGCCUGCCUCUCGGAGAUCGACCUCAGCGGCUACGCUACGGCGCUCGGGGGUUUCGGCGGCGUCUGUGAGCCACGUUUCUCGGGUGCCGACGUCAAGGAUUGUUUUUACCAGCUCGCCAACGAGGAGAUGGGCAGCUGGUUCGGGUUCGAUUCCGCGCUGACCGUCGAGGGUUGGGACCCGGGCAUCGCGCGCGCGUGGGGCGACGACGUGGGGGGCUGGACCCCCGCCCGGGCGGGCGAGCUCCUGUUCCCCUGCCUCCGUGUUUUACCGACGGGCUGGGCUUGGGCGUUGUACUUUGCUCAGGAGGCCGUCACGCAACAGGUUCGGCGCUCUACUGCAGAUGGCGAUCGGCAGCUCCUUCGAGAUAAGCGACCUGCACCUCUCCUGCGGCCCGGGAGGCCGCUGGCUGCCGUGUACGCGGACAACUUCACGGGCGUGGGGGGCUCGGCCGCCGACGCCGAGCUCGGGGUGCGGGCCUUCGAGGAGCGGGCUGCCGAAGCGGGGCUGGCUCUGCGCGCCGCGGACGCGGCGGUGGAGGAGCUGGAGAGCCUGGGCCUGGUGCUGUGCGGGGCCGACCGCCGCGUGCGCCAGAAGCCCGAGCGGGUCUGGCGCUUCUACUUCGCCACGAAGGCCUUGCUGAGGCGGGGCCGCGCGACGGGGGCCGAGCUCCGGGUCUGGGCGGGACAUGCCGCGGCCCUCUUGGGGCUGCAGCCCUGCUUGCUGUCCAUCUUGCAGGACGUCUACCACUUCAUCGGCGACGGCAGCCGGCGACGGGCGGCGCUGCCUGCGACGGUCCGCGGGGAGCUCCGGACGGCCGCCAUCGCCUGCUUUUUGACCGAGGUCGACCUGAGCGCGCCUCUCGCCGACGAGGUUCACGUUUCGGAUUCGUCGUCCUCCGGCUUCUGCCUGAUGCACGGGCGAAAGCCACUUCGUGCUGUUUGGGAUGCGUAUCGCUGGCGGGAGCGUUGGCGGUUCGCGGAGGUGGAGGCCGACGGGAAUUCGGGCGCCUACACGGCGGCGCACCUCAAACAGCUCCGAGGCGUCACCGACGGCUUCGGGGCCACGCUGGACGAGGGCGCCCACAAGCACGCUGACGCCCGCGUCCGGGCUGGUCAGCCGGCAGGGGCCUGGCGCGAGACCGAGCUGGGAAAGCUCCUGUUUCGCCGUGCUGCUGUCGGCCGCGGAGCGCCGCGGCGCUGGGCUAGCCGCCCCAGUCAGACCCAGGAGGUGGAGCUGCUGAACGUCGUGCCCGCCUUGCAAGCGGCAGCCUACAGCGUGGGCCGUCGCGUUCGGUGGCGGGUCCGACACGCCCCGGCGGACCUGAAUGUGGCCGACGAGGGGUCGAGGGGGGAUCAGGCCCGCGACCCCGAGUGGCUGCUGCAGAAGAAGAGGGCGAGGUUGCGCCUCUGGCCGCCCGAGGGUGCGAUGCCCCCUGGGCCGGCGAGUGGCGCGCUGCCUUAUUGGCGGCGCUGGUUCGGCCUGGCCGCCGUCAUCGUGCUGGGCGGGAUGUUCCCGGUGCUGACGAGGCAGCGAGCGGCCAAAGCCGCCAGCCGGCGCCGCCGAGCCCGGGACAGUGGGCGCUCGCGGGUGCAGUUCAUGAGGGGGCUGUCCGUGGCGGAGUCCACUCGGAGGCUGUACACGGCGGCGCUUGAGGACUUCGAGACGUGGUGUGUCGAGGUUGGUCGCCAGACCAACAAUGCAAAAGACGCGGACGAAAAUAUGGUGCACUGGUUUGCUCAGACGUUCUUCGACGGCAUGGGUCCUGGGACGGGCCGCAACGGCCUGUUCGGUUGGAUCUUGCUGCGCGGGGGGCCCUUUCAAGACGGACGUCAGCUGCUCCCGCGGGCCCGGAGGCAGUUGAAAGCUUGGGAGCGGACAGAUCCCGGCCUUGUCGGCCUACCCUACCCGCUCAUCCUGAUCUGGGCCAUCGCGCUGGACCUGCUGAAUCACAGCCUGGUGCGUAUGGCCGCCUGCGCGGUGCUUCAAACCGAUCUGUACUCGAGGCCCUCGGAUACCCUGGAGCUCUCAGAGGCUGACAUCCUCCGCAGCCAGCCCGCGGCGGGCCGUGCCUUUGCCGGCCGCUGGGCGGUGGUCUUCGCGCCGUCCGAGUCCGGUCGGAGAACCAAGACUGGCCAGACGGAUGACACCGUCGAUGUCGGAGUGUGCGGCCGUGAGUGGGUCCGAGACGUUGUGGCUGCGCUCAAAGACUCAGUCCAGGCUGAAGAGCGCGUGUUCGACUUCGAUCUUGCCACCUACGAGAGAGAGUUCAAGGCCUCCUUGGUGGGGCUGAGGCUCCAGGCCGUGGGUGGAUCUCCGCAUUGGUUGCGCCGCUCUGGCCCGUCCAACGAUAGGCUCGGCGAGCUGCGCAGGCGGUGCCAGAGCCGAUUCGGCGGUGUGAGGCAGGCCUUCGAGGCGCUGCUGCAGAAGAAGAGCGCGGGCGCGGUGCCGUGCCGGGACUUCCGGCUCGUCUGCGACAGGCUCGGCCUGAGCGAGGAGGCCUCGGGCCUGCUGCGGCACCUCGACCCCGAGUCCUCGGGGGAGGUCCGCCUUGCCCUCGUGGGCGAGCCGCCGCCCGCGGGCGCGGCGACCGCGGCCGCGCGGGCGGCUCGGGCGCACGGCUCUUCCACCCUCGCGGGCUCGAGGGGACCCUCGCCGCAGAACGGCCCGAAGCUGCUCGCGGAGCUGCGGCAGGCGCUGCAGGCCAAGCACCGCACCGUGGUCGGCGCGUGGCGGGCGUGCUUGAACCCGAAGAGGCAGAGGGCCAUCGGGCUGAAGGCAUUCAAGAGAGCGGUCGGCGAGGCCGGCUUCACAGGCGACGCCGCCGCCGCGUGGCGCGCCCUAGGCCUCGGCGACAAGGGCGGCCUCACGCUGAACCGGCUGGAGCCUGGCCUCGGCAGCGACCUGCGGCGGCUGCGCGUACACUUGGCCGCCCGCUUCGGCUCCCUGCAGUCCGCGUUCGAGCAGGCCGACAGGGACGGCAGCUACCAGCUCUCGCCACGGGCCUUCGCCAAGCUUUGCAGCGGCUCCCACCUGGCGGGCGACGAGUCGAAGCUGUUCGAGUUCUUGGACAUGGAGGGCUCACAGGCUGUGGCUCUCAGUAGCAUCGACCAGAAGGCGGUGCAGGCCGUGAAGGACAAACGGGCACGCCUAGAGGCCGAGCGGGCUGAGCGUUGGGGAGAGGGGCUCGACGCGCAGCUGAACAUCCACGGCGUCCACGACAAGGCCAUGGCCUUCCGCCAGUUUCUGGAGCGCCGGUUCGGGAAGGUGCUGCGGGCGUGGAUGGCGGUAGACAAAGGUGGCCGCUCCGCCCUGACGAAGCUGGAAUUCAUGAACAGCCUGCACGUCACUGGAUACAUGGGCAGCCCAGACUGUCUGUGGAGGGCCCUCGUCAAGGACAGGCCCCUCAUCUCGUUCCGCGAGUUUCACCCAGACGCCUUCCGGGCCAUGGCGAGGUUCCGAGGCGCCUGCGCGAGGCACCUGAAGAAGUUCGCCCGUGCGUUCCAGCCCCUGGGCUCCGAGGAGCCCGGCCUGCGGCUCUCGGAGGACGAGUUCCUCGCGCUCUGCCGCAGGGUCCGGUGCCCGAAGCCCUGGGGCCCGCUGUUCAAGCAGCUCUGCGUGCACGACGACAGGUGCGUCAGUUGGCAGGACGUCAGCUGGCUCGAGGAGCAGUGGCAGUGGGACGGCCCGCUGGCGAGACCGGUCCGCAGGUGCCUGCACCGGGAUAGCGUCCUGAGCACGGGCGCGGGGCAGAGGCCGAGCACGUGGCUCAGCACCGCGUCCCCGCCGCGGCAGCGCCCGGCCACGGCCGCGGGGGCGGCUGCUCCGCUGGCGAGGGCGGCGUCACGCCCCGCGUCGACCCCAGGCGGCGCCAGGCUGCAGGAGCGCCCAGAGUGGGCCGACAGCAGCGGGAAGCGCAGCGCCGCCCUGGGGACGGAUCCGCACCAGCGGGACUUCCAGAGGCGCAUCUCGAGGCAGCUCGCCACGGUGCCCACGCACCAGUACCUCGACGGCCUCGUGUCCAUGUCUGAGCUGAGGGCAGGUGUUGCGACCGCGGCAGCAGCGUAG